AAAAGUAAACAAAACAAGUGGAGACCGGCUUCUUAUGCAGCUUAUUGUUGCAGUGAUUGAAUUUUUGAAAUAAUUUUUAUUGAAUGUUAUUCAGCUAGUGUAUUUUCUCAGUACUAACAGUACAACGUGAACAAAAAUAACUAAUCAAUCACGAGAGAGAGGUUGGCACUCGAAUCCAUCCCAUCAUCGAGGACAUCGAGCAUCUAAAAUGGCUACAGAAAAUUGCAUCGAUGUUCAGGACUUUCGUUUCAAAUCGGCGGCCAAAACCAAAGUUUUCACCGGAGCCUGGUCGGAAUUCUCCUCGCAUCUGAGUUUGCUUGCCAGUGCGAGUCGCUUCGGUCUCGUUUUUGUCGGAACACCGGAUGAAUUAAAAGUUUACGAGAUUAAGCGCCUGAUCGAGGCUGGAGAGACCUCUUCAGCUGUGCCCUGUCGCCAUGUGCAGAUCGACGGCUCGAUUCGGAUGUUGCAAAUCAACUGCGACGACACCCUUCUGGCCGCGGUUGUCGCCUCUCCUGGUGCUCAGCCUCGGGCCUUCAUUUACCAAGUAUCCACUUUCCUCAACCAAGCCGCCGUGAGCCCAUCGGGACACGUUGUGCUGGCCUCUGGAGGCGGCCACACUGUCACUGAUUUUGCUUGGAACCCCGUCAAUCCAAAUGCCUUCUGCGUCUGCCUGUCAGACGGUCAGAUUUCUUCAUUCGAGGUGAAAGGCCCUUCUGCAAUAAGUCUGAUCAAUACAGUGGCCGCCGCUGCAGCUUGUGUGGCCUGGAGCCCAAAAGGAAAGCAGAUUGUUGCGGCCACAAAAGACGGCCGCCUCUCCCAAUACAAACCUGACUUGGCCUUAGUCAAAACUGUGGGGCCUCCGGAUGGUUUGGGACAGUCCCCGGAACCUGUGGCCAUUGUCUGGUUAUCCAACUACCAGUUUGGAAUCAUUUUCAAACUCGGGGGAGCUGACGAUCAGAGAUUAAGUCUUUGCUUGGUGAAUACUCCAAAGGAUGGUCCUGUUACGGCUCAAGACUUUGACGACGUGUGCUACUCAUCAGGCGAUCUUCGCCAAAACCAGUUUUACCUGAAUAAUGUGACUGGCUGGGGAGUCCUCCUGGUUGCCUCUGCCAACGGUGCCGAGGUGGGUCUCCUCGGACAGAAAGAGGCUUCAGUGUGGCAGCAGUGGACCUUGGAGGACUCGGCCAGAGCCGAACUUCCCAUGGACAGCCAUGCAGACACUUUUCCUCUGGGAAUGACCUUUUGCACUUCGGCCACUCAGCAGUUAGUGUGGGAAGAGGCGCAGCUGCCGCACAUGCCGAUUCUGCUUCUACUCUCGCACUGCGGAAUGCUCUGCGCCUUUUACGCCCUCAACCUGAAACCGGGAGCCCAGGAAAUUUGCAAACCCAUUGAAAUGCAACCUCAGGCUGGUCUAUUCACUGCCCCUCAAAUUGUCGCGACGAGCACGGAGGAACCGAAAGCAAAGCAGUCAACCCCUUUUGGCCAACCCUUUUCCACUCCUGCUGCCGAGCCAGCCGCAGCAGCACCUGUUCCGAAGGCGUUUUCCAUGCCACCGCCCUCAGCUCCGGCCCCUGCCAACAUCUUUGGUGGCAUCCAACCUGUAGUUAGCCAGCCUGCAAAAUCAGAAGCUGCUCCUUCAAUUUUCUCCAUGGCUCGUCCUGCUGUAACCAUAGCCCCAAAAGUUGACCCUCAACCGCAGCCACAACCAACCUCUGAGGUGAAGGUGAUCAAAGAACCAGUGGCGGAACCUGUAAUGAGCGAAGAGUCCUUCAUUGCUGCAAGCACAGCCAUCAUGAGACAGUUUUCUGAGGAAAUUUCCACCUCUUUAAAGCAGAGUGCUGAUACAUCAUUUACGAUUGCCUCCUGUGAGGAUUCAAACACCAUUGCCUCAAGCCUGAAUUCUGCUGAAGAGAAGUCUGUGGAAAUGCAGAAAGCAACCAACGAUUUCAAGCAGCAGCUGAAUGAGUUGCAGAUUUUGAAUCUGGAGGUCAUCAGGCAGUACGAGGAAGUGCGCACUCGAUUGGCACAGAGAGAAAACCCAGGAUACAUCCAAGCUGCCCGGAUGAGACCUCUGGAUCCAACAACUCAGGGCAAGAAGAAGGACAUUGCCACCAGAAUGCAGUACAUUGAAAGCCAGACGGGCCAAGCUGCAACUCUAGUAAAUCAAGCGUUUGGAACCCAACCUUUCAGACCUAGUUCGAAUAUGGCCUUGCACAGGACCCUCAUCCUUCAGCGCAGGUGCAUCUCCAACCUGAAUGCUCGCCUUGACAUAAUGGAAUCAAAGUGUGGUCACAAAUUGCCAUCAACAAUGGACUUGUCCAGUUUGACAGAGGCCCUUCCGAAAACCCCCAAAAGCGCCUUGCCAGUGUUGAGUCGGAACGAUGAGUUGCGCAUGAGCGAAUUCUUGAAGGACAGACCAAUCAGUGUGGUGAAGAGGAGGAUUCCGGCGCCAGCUCCUUCUCCAAUUAAGCCAGUGUCUCCUCUGCGGCCCAUUUCACCAAUCAAGUUUGCCUCUCCAGUGGCCAAAGCACAGCCAGCUGCUGCUGCCAAACUGCAGGCUUCUCCACCCGCACUGCUCAGUCUGCCGGCUGGAAUCACAAUCACGCCAGUCAAGGCUUUUGUGCCAACUUCUCAGCCGGAGGUGCCAAAACCAGCAGUUUCUGUUGCAGCAGUGCCCUUCUCGUUCACCAGCAAACCCUUCUCCUUCUCUGGAGAGAGCAAACCUACAGAUUUUUCAUUUGGAGGAGUGAAAGAUGCAGCGUCCGUCAACAUCUUCGGAGGUACAAAACAAAAGGAGGAGACCAAGCGAGUUCCUUCCAAAUUGGAAGUCGACGUUGUCAAGAAUGUCCCUGCGGCGGAAGAGGAACCUAAGAUCAUUGAAAUCAAAGCCAAAGAGAAGGAAUCCUCUCCACUUUUGGCAUCAAUUUUACAAAGCAAGACGCCUCUCCAGCCCGAAACUCCAAAAUCCACAACAUUUUCGCAACCUUUGCUUGCCACUCCAACCACAGGACAGUCCGUCUCCAUAUUCUUAACACCAACCACAGCUUCAAAGCCGUCGCUUUUUUCUGGAACCAGCAUUUUUUCCUUGCCUGCUUCCACCGGCAGUGCGGCCUCAACAAGUUCUCAGCCAAAAUUUUCUUUUGGCCCAGGUUCGAUGUCCACCUCAACUCCAUCUACCUUUGCUUUCGGAACUUCCACCAAGUCUUCCAUUUUCGGAACACCAGUCACCGCAGAGUCAACCACCGAUUCCAAGCCGAGCGCAACCUCAACCUCCGAGACUGCUCCAACUGCUGCUGUUGUUUCCACCCCUAACCUUUUUGGUUUGGCCACAACCACUACUCCGAGCACUGCAGCUGCAGUUUCGUCCUUCAGCUUCGGCGCCACAAUUUCUCUCCCACCAACUUCGAAGGAGUCCAUCUUGACCACACCUGAGACAGCCGCCCCUGCCGAAAGUGUUGCUCCAAAAACCACCCCUGAAGAAUCAAGCAAAACCGAAACUGCUCCAGUUGCAAGUCCUCCUCCUGCUGCUGCCUUUGGAGGUGCGGCACCUCCCCUUUUGAGCACCCCAGUCUCCACUCCGACCCCAACCGCCACUGUUGCUGCUUCACCCUUUUCAGCCGCUUCCCUGUUUGGCUCCACACCAGCCUCAACUGCAGCAGUUUCCACUCCAUUUGGCUCCACCCCCACCACCUCUGUGACCACAAUUUUUGCAUCACCCCCAGCCACCACUGCAACCUUGACCUUCGGGUCAACCCCACCUGCAACGACUGCGACUUUGACCUUUGGGUCGACCCCAGCUCCUACCACUGCUUCCGCCUUCGGUUCGACCCCAGCCACCGCCUCCACCACCCCAGCUUUUGGGUCAACACCCUCUUUUGGCACUGCUGCCCCUGGUUCGACCUUUGGGACCACCCCAGUAUUUGGGUCUGCCGCUUCUGCAGGCUCGACUACUUUCGGAACACCGUCGGCCACCCCUGCCUCGACCUUUUCCUUUGCCCAGGCUACUCCUGCCGCGUCCACGGACCAAGUGACCAACUUGUUCGGAGGAAUGGGCUCCACACCAGGCGGCUCCCUCUUUGGCUCGUCGAGUUUCGCGGCCUCGCCCAAGCCGGCUGCGUCAAUUUUUGGCGGUUCGGCCCCGCAGACGUCCGAGCAGAACCUGUUCGGAGGAAUGCAAGCGUGCAGUCCGACAAACGCUAAAAACCUGUUUGGUCAGGCGCAGCCUCAGGCCAACCCAUUCUCCUCACCCAAACCAGCUGCACAGUCAACCCCCAACAUAUUCGGACAGUCACCCUCAAGUGGAGCUGCAAAUAAUACAAGCACCAGCACUUUUGGUCAAUCUGGAGGCUCCUUGUUUGGCCAGGCGUUCUCACCUUCCAAGUCCGUCUUCGGAGCAGCUCCGUCAUUUGGCUCAAACGCCAGCUUUGGUGCUCCUCCUGCUUUCGGGUCUAUGGCCAGUCCCCAGCAGCAGCCCUCCUUUGGCGGUGACAACCGCAUAUUCGGGUCUGGCUCCAACGCAGCCCCCUCAUUUGGCCAACAAGCGUCGUCUCCACCCUCUGGUCUCUUCGGAGCCGCCGCCGACGCCCUGUCCUUUGGAAACCUGGCUCAACAGCCCUCUCCCUUCGGCCAGCAGCAGCAGCCGCCGCCGCCUCAGAACAACAACCAAGGGGCGUCCUUCGGUGGCAACUCCUUCUCCAGUUGGCGUUAAAACAAACACAAUUCUCGACUUAUAUGAAAAAUAUUACAUGAGCGUUUAUUUAGUUCAUCACUAUUGUUAUAUUACAUGAUGCAAAAAAGUCCAUAUAAUAAUAAAUAAAAUACAAAAAUUUACAAGGACAAGUUGAAAAGGAACGAUCACAGAUCAUCACUCUUUCUUUGGACUGAUGAGGCGCAACAACGCCACCACAGGCGCCUCGAAUGAUACAGAAAUGGCAAACGCGAUGAGGUAGGAAAGGACGACGUGCCCCAGGAACAGCAGCAUCUGAAAUCCACACAAAUUCAAUUGUUUGACUUUGUAAAGUUCUAAAAAAAUCUAAUAAUUGAUAUAUAAUAAAAAUUGCAAAA